UCAUCGGCGGUCUCGAGCACUGCAGUUGUUGUGACACAUUGUGUCAUAUUGUGUCGCAAUAAUAUCCCGAAGCUCCUCCUAAAGGGACGUCAGUGAGAAAACCGAUUCGCCGCUCUCGAACCCGUUCAAACAGAAAUUGUUCCGCGGUAUGGACCGCGCGUGUGCCAUGUAAAACCGUGAAGGGACGUGCGGUGUGCUAUUAGCUGACGGACGAUUCCGACCGAGAAAGAAAGUCUUACUUUCGGUAUAGCCUUCCGGCGUGUCCCUUCCCGUCCCGGUAUUUUCGCUUUUUCCUCAAAGUUCUGUGCAGAUAUGCGUUAAGUGGAGCUCAAACCGCCCGGAGUCUCGUCCUCGAAGAGAUCUGUCCCCGUUCCGGUGAUGGAUUAAGGGCAACGUGUUCGUCGAUCUUUGAUUCCAGGAACAGGAAAAAGUAACAACCACAUAGCAUCAAUGGAGCUCUUAGACAGACUACCGAUCCCUAAUCUCAGGGUGUACACAGCCAUGAGCUUUGGGAUUCUAUCCUGUUCUGUCUACUAUGCAGCCCAGAUCAUCAAGGAUCCUACAUGGAAAAGUAAUCAUACCUCUGUGGAGAUGGAGCUUGAGUCCGAUCCAAGAAAUUUAGGGAUGCAUUUGAAGGAACUGCUCAAAUGCAUGUUCUAUGAACCCACCUGUAUCUGGACGCUGAUCAACAUGGCUUACUGCGUGCUAAUUCUCCUCGGCAAAACGAUCCAGAAGCUGGUGUUCGGCGAACUCCGGCCGUCGGAAAGGCAACACCUGAAGGACAAGUUCUGGAACUUCGUGUUCUACAAGUUCAUCUUCGUUUUCGGCGUGCUGAACGUGCAGUACAUGGACGAGGUGGUCCUAUGGUGGGCUUGGUUCACCGCGCUGGGCUUCCUCAGCCUGCUCAGCCAGCUCUGCAAGGAUCGAUUCGAAUACUUGUCCUUUUCGCCAACAACACCCGGUUGGAGUCAUGCAAGGCUUCUCGGACUACUCGCUGCAAUUCUGGCAUUAUCUUCGUUCAUGUUAUUGUUAUGCACGGCCGCGGCCUUCAUUUUCGUCUCCUUCAACACGUUCGUGUUUACCGCAGCCGAGUGCAUCCUGUUAGGCGUGAGAACGAUUCAUGUAAUGGUGAGAUACAUUAUUCACCUGUACGACAUCAGGGGAGCAGGAACACCAUCGCAAAGGUCAUGGGACAAACGAGGUCCUUUGACUUAUUACGCGGACCUUGUGGCAGAGCUAAUAGUACUGUCCGUGGACUUCUUCCAUCAUAUCCAUAUGUUGCUUUGGAGCAACAUAUUCCUGAGCAUGGCCUCCCUGGUAAUCUGUAUGCAGCUUAGAUACCUGUUCUACGAGAUUCAACGGAAACUGACUAAGCACAGGAACUACUUAGCCGUGUUGAACCACAUGGAGCAAAACUACCCAAUGGCGACGCAAGAGGAACUGGCAGAAAACUCUGACAACUGCGCUAUUUGCUGGGAGAAGAUGGAAGCCGCCAGAAAGUUACCCUGCUGUCAUCUCUUCCAUAAUUCCUGUCUACAGUCCUGGCUAGAGCAGGAUACUUCUUGCCCAACGUGUAGGCUUGCGCUUAGCAUGCAACCGAACCAUCGUGACAGCACACAGGCGUUACCAAACGAACUGCAAACACCAGCCAGAACGAAUGAGAAUCACUUCUUUCAUUUCGACGGCUCGAGAUAUGUUUCUUGGCUACCGAGCUUCUCCGUGGAGGUUUCUCAUAAUUGGCUACGUGGAGACAUUUCAACCAUUGCGCACAACAACUCGCAAAUGGAUGCUAUGAUCAGACAGGUGCAGCAACUUUUUCCGCAUUUCCCACGCAACCUAAUUGUGGAGGACCUCAGAGUGACAAGAUCAGUCGAAUGGACUGUUGAGAACAUUCUUGAUGGUGUGCUGAUACCGCCACAUCAUUUAAUUGAAGAACCACAAUCGGAAUCCGUCCCUCAGAUUCAUACUAGUACCACUGAGAAUAGUGUCUCUUCGAGCACCGCUUCAACGCCACCCACCGAUCCAAGAUUUGACAUUCCUAUUGCUGACAGCAGCAACGAACCUUCCAGCUUAGAAGGACGGUUUUCAAGAUCCUCUACAGAAAGGGAGCUCAUGCUCCAGCACCGCAAAGAACACAUGAGACUAGCUGCCAUCAGGAGAUAUUUUGGGCUACAACGCGAUGCUAACCAACAUGUCUCCGAAGCUACUUCUUAAAAAUAGGCAAUGCAGAGAAAAAUUUAUGUUCAAGUUUAUGAGUUUACAUGCUUGGUAGACUACCUUCUUCGAUGAAGUGUAUACGACUGAUUUUCUUUGGUAACACGUCCAUUGACGACCACUUACUACUCUCUUUUGGUCACCUUUCUAAGUCUCGCAUCCUGCUAGUUUUCAUAAAAUUUUCUUUAUUCGAGAUGUUUGUUCCUAAGAUUUUCUUAACCAUCUUAACUUUUAUUACACUUUAAACGAUGUAAUCUUUUUAGAGGUACAUGUUUUUUGAUUAAUUAUUCGGCAUUAUAAUCAUCAUAAGCAA